AUGUCUAAUAGUAGUAGGAGGUCAAAAUUUAUUACUUCCAAGAGAAACGAUUGCGGUUAUUUAAAAGAUCAUUUGAAUGAAGUCCAAACACUGCUUAACAAUGUAUUAACUCCUGUGAUUCAUAAAAUAUCCGUUUUAACCGAUAUGGUUUCAUCACUACUGAGCCUUAUCAAUGUGAAAGAAGUUACUGAUGCAAAUAAGAAGGGUAAAAACUACGAUUGCGGAGGUGCUGGCAUAGCGACCGACGUUACUAUGAUUGCCAGUAGUGUGCACAGGCUUACUAAAAACUAUGAAAUUAUUAAAGAACAAGUAACGGAAAAUAAAAAAAAUAUUGAAAAAUUUUAUCGUAAAUUACAAAACGUUGAAAAGUUAUUGAUAACAUUUUUGAAAGCAGAAAACAAUCGAGAUGUUAAAAAGUACGAAGAACAAAUAUUGAAAAAAUUGUCAAACGUAGAGAAAUUACUCUUGGGAGAAUUAGUCGUCAAUCACAGUGUCGGAAGCUUUCAGGCAACUGAAAAUAUGAAACCGUUUCAAGUUAGUGCAUCAGUAGCUUUAGAUUCGUCAUUACAACUCAUCACGUUGAAUACGGAAGAAGACUUUCCCAACGGGUCGUGGUUGGGAGAUGUAUCGUGUAUAAAAUAUAGAGUUAGAUCUCCGAUACCAGAAGAAGAUUUAAUUUACAUCAACACGACAUGUGUAACACCUGAAAAAAUGGCUUUAACAUUAUUGGAUUAUUUAUUUACAAGAGAUAUAUUAGCCGUUUCAAAUUUAUCGGGAAAAAGUAAAUUAGGAAAAAAAAAAUUAGAUCCAUUAAUGAUAUACGAUGAAAACGACACACCCCUAUCAUCGUACAAUCAUUUGGGUAUAAAAGAAGAAUACGACGAAAAUUUAUCAUUCAUAAAUAACAACGAUGCAACGGAAUUCGACAACGAGGACGGAAUUAAUUUUUCCGUUUCCGAACCUUUGCUCGAUAUAUUUACAGCGGAAGAAGCUCUCAGAAUGGAAUCAUCUAUAUUCAUUGACGAAGUGCACGUUUCAAUAUAA